GCGACUAAGACCUUGAUCGUUGACUCCUUUAACCAUGACUUAGAAAAACUAUCAAAUCAUGCAAACAGUGAGGCCCAUCCAAUGGAAUGCUUGAAUCUUGCGCACGUAUGGCAUGCGGAUGGUCAGGGCUUCACAUGCGCUUUGGCUUAGUAAAAUUCUGUGCGUAGUGUGCUUGGUUAUUCAAUUUGUAAAAGUGGAGCCAAUGGUUAUGUGAUCCAUUGCGGUGAUCUGAUGAGCUCCAUUGUUCAGAUUUUCAGUCUGGAAAGGUAAUCCAGAUGUUCAGUCUCCCAUACGUACAAAGUUACUAAGCUGUAAUAACUCUAAGACUUGGGGUGCUCAGAUCAUGCGUCAAGAUUGGGCUGAAGAAGCAAGAGUAGGUUUCAAGCAGUCCAAACUGGCAAAUCAAUGUAAUUAUCGGUAUAAAAUAUACGCUGAAGGAUAUGCAUGGUCAGUGAGUUUAAAAUAUAUAAUCGCAUGUGGUUCUCUUUCACUAAUAAUACAUCCACAGUACAAGGAUUUCCUCAGCCGGGGUCUUAUGCCCAGAAAAAACUAUUGGCCCAUUAGUCCCACCAACCUUUGUCCAUCUAUCAAGUUUGCUGUUGACUGGGGCAAUGAGCAUCCAUUGGAGGUACCCUCUUCCCUCCUCUCCAACCUUCAACAUAUUCUUCUUCAUCUUGCCUCAUCAUGUUUUUGAGGGAUGUUAGGCUGUGGCAGGCUCCAUUUCCAUCACUUGUUCCCACUUGAAUGGGAAAUGCUCAAUUGGUCACUUGUUUCACUUUUUGAAUAAAUAAUGUCAACCCCUCUUAACUCAUUAGCAUAUGUUUGAUCUUAUUGUUGGGCAUAACUGAUGCCUUUAUUGAGGGAUUUAUAAACCAGUUGGCACCAUCAUCAUCCUAGCCUUGUUCCAGCUGCUACUUGGGGUCAGCUUUAUAAAUCCCAUUUUUGUCAAAAAUUACAAAG